AGGAGUGGUAAACCUGUUGAUGGCUGUUAACGACGGCUGAUGACUGCAAUUGGUCCUGUGGGGGGUAAAAGCAAGGGCUGAGGCGCUCUUGUGGUUCCUGAUGUCAGAUUUAUGUCCAUUUAUCCUUUAUAGGAAAAAUGCACUGGAUUAACCCAUUGUGUUUUUCCCGUCAGGUUUGGGGGUAUAAUAGUAAUUGUUGUUGUUGUUCGUUGUACUUACACCCCGCUUAUCUGAGUGGUAUAAGAGUCCCCUCAAUACAGGUUCUGAAACUGUGGCGCCAUUGCCCGUUUGCAACUGUCUAGCAAUCACGCAAUCCCACACACAAACGGCUGCCCCACAAAAGGCGGGUGCCUUUGUCCUCUACCUGUAGCUCAUCCUCAAACAAUGACAACUCUAGGUGGCAUCUAACUUUCCUCUUCUCCCCCCCCCCCAAAGGCUGGAAAAUUACUCAGCGCCCUCUCCACCACCCACAACUAUUGGGGUGGUGGUGGAGUAAAGCACCCCAAGGAGAGGAAUAGAAAAACCCUUCCCACUCCAAUUAGCAGAGCCCCACGCUCCCCCACCUAGGACCUUCCAUUAACAAAAAUAACAGCAGUGGCAACAGCAUGGAGCUCCAAACUGAGACCAGCUCUCCCCAUCCCUCUCGGGACUGGGUUUGUGUCUUAGCAGGACACGGAGGACUGAACCAGCUGGGCGGGGCCUUUGUGAAUGGCCGGCCCCUGCCUGAAGUAGUGAGGCAGCGCAUUGUAGACCUGGCACACCAGGGAGUGAGGCCCUGCGACAUCUCCCGACAGCUGCGAGUCAGUCACGGUUGUGUCAGCAAAAUCCUUGGCAGUAGGUACUACGAGACGGGCAGUAUACGGCCAGGGGUGAUCGGGGGCUCCAAGCCCAAGGUGGCCACCCCCAAGGUGGUGGAGAAGAUUGGGGAUUACAAGCGGCAGAACCCCACCAUGUUUGCUUGGGAAAUCCGGGACCGGCUGUUGGCAGAGGGCGUCUGUGACAAUGACACUGUUCCCAGUGUCAGCUCCAUCAACAGGAUCAUUCGCACAAAAGUUCAGCAGCCGUUCAACCUCCCGAUGGAGAACUGCAUGGUGCCUAAAACCUUGAGCCCUGGCCAUAACCUCAUUCCCAGCUCAGCUGUGACUCCUCCCGAGUCGCCCCAGUCAGACUCUCUGGGUUCCUCCACCUACUCCAUCAACGGCCUUCUAGGGAUCGGUUCCCCUAGCAGCGACCACAAGAGGAAAAUCCAGGACACAGGUGACCAGGAGAGCUGCCAGCUGAGCACAGACUCUCAAGGCAGCAGCACCCCCCACAAGCACCUGCGCAGCGAGGCGUAUGGGCAGCACCUGCUGGAGUGUCCUUUCGAGAGACAGCACUUCCCAGAGGCUUACGCUUCCCCCAGCCAUGCCAAGGGAGAACAGGCAGGUAUCUAUGCCGUGCCCCUGCUCAACCCAUCCAUGGACGACGGGAAAUCUAUGCUCACGCCUUCCAACCCAUCGCUGAGUCGUAACCUGGCGGCCCACCAGACAUACUCUGCUGUGACAGGGCGCGAAGUGGUUGGCUCCACCCUUCCAGGCUAUCCUCCCCACAUUCCAACAGGUGGGCAGGGAAGCUAUAGCUCAUCUGCAAUUGCUGGCAUGGUGGCAGCAGGGAGUGAGUAUUCUGGUGGCGCCUACAGCCACAGCCCUUACACCAGCUAUGGAGAGCCCUGGCGAUUCCCCAACUCUGGACUGCUGAGUUCCCCCUAUUACUACAGCUCAUCUUCACGGGGCCCUGUACCUCCCAACACCACCUACGACCACCUGUAGAUGAUGCAGUCCCUCUGGGAGCCAGGCCAGCUCUCCUGGGCCACUCUGUUUAUAGCCCAGCGGCAACAAAGAGGGAUGUGGACUGGUUCAAUCUGCAGAGUGCCCCAGUGGGCAAUGGAAUCCACACAAGCAGCUGCUGCAAUUGCAAGCAUGCAAGGCCAUCCUGUUACCCAUGAAGCUGGGAAGGAAGGAAGAAAGAGCAGGUGGCCUUAAUGUGCUUGCGUCCCCCAGUGGACUCCGAAAGUGAGGACAAGUCUAAACACCUUGAAAUCGAGGAACUCAAACCAAUGAAAUCGAGUGAUGCUUUAUGAAGUCACUUUACUACUGUUCUCUCGUGGGUGAAGGUUCUUGUGCAAAGUGUGGGUCUUUGAAAGGACUGGACACUUGGAGAGGGGCAGAGAGAGUAGUUGGGAGAAGAGCAGGCUUGGGGCCAGGCCAGGGAGCCUGAAUGCCUGGGCUGCUUCUCCCCUCACCCUAGGGGACCCUGGCUGCAGUUUAAGUUGCUUGCUUGUGCAGGUCGUACCGUUCCUUAUUUCUGGCUGUUCCUGUUUCAUUCUUGCCGUGUUUGAACAGCAGGAAAAGGAAGGCGCGAGUGCAGCCUCACAGAUAAGGACCCCAAGUGCAACUUUUGUGGGCAAAGGCGGCUGAUUCAGUUACGGAUGGGGCAAGGACAGAUGGGCUGAGCUUCUUUAGGUCAGAAGGAGUGGGGCACAACAAACAGCUGGUGGUAAAAGGGACCCCUGACCAUUAAGUCCAGUCGUGACCGACUCUGGGGUUGCGCGCUCAUCUCGCAUUAUUGGCCGAGGGAGCCGGCGUACAGCUUCCAGGUCAUGUGGCCAGCAUGACAAAGCCGCUUCUGGCGAACCAGAGCAGCACACGGAAACGGCGUUUACCUUCCCGCUGUAGCGGUCCCUAUUUAUCUACUUGCGCUUUGACGUGCUUUCGAACUGCUAGGUUGGCAGGAGCUGGGACCGAGCAACGGGAGCUCACCCUGUCGCAGGGAUUCGAACCGCCAACCUUCUGAUCAGCAAGCCCUAGGCUCUGCGGUUUAACCCACAGCGCCACCUGCGUACCUGAGGAAAUUUCCCAGUGGAGGAUUCUCGGCCUGCAACUUCAAGUUAAAUCUCACAAUUCCCGAUUGCUUCCUCUCCUGGUGGGCUCUUUCCCCCUCGUCCUCUCUUACUGGCUUGCUCUAAUACAGGGGCCAGAUCCUGCCAGUAAACGGCUCUUGCCGACAUUUGCAGACCUCAACUCAUUUCAGCGUUGGCAGGGUGCCUGCAAGUUGCCAAGGCAAGAUGUUGAGGGCCUUGUCCUUUUUGAGGGGUUGAGCUCUUCCUUUGCCUAGUAGAAACUGAAGCGGAGCUGCUGGAACGUGGUAGGUGUCGAGUUGCGCUGUGUGUCCACAUCUAUAUGCCUUUGUUUCAUGCUGUAUAGAGAGUACUUUACACAAGCUGCACCCCUGGGAAAUGGGCGUGGGUUUUCUCCCUGCAUCCUUCAGCACAGAACAGUCUCCUCCCCUGCAUCCCUUUGAAUAAAAGCAGUUUGUAUUAAUGACAUGAAACCCUCGGCUCUGUAGGGAUGUGUAUAGAUGCUAGGAGAGGAUAUAUUUAUUAGAUACUAGCUGGCCCUGCCACGCAUUGCUGUGGGUCCCCAGUUCUGUUCCCUGCAAACCUGAGCUGACGUAUUUUGGGACAUGGGUGGCUAGGGGCAGGAUCCCGGCGUGCCCCUUUGCGGAGGAAUGGGCGUUCUGGCAGCUGUAACAUAUUGGUCGGUGAAACGCAGGUUCGGCCUUCUAUUUCCCAGGAUGCACUCUGUCCUGCCCUUGGAGACGCAGCUUCUGGGUUCUAUUUCCCAGCAUGCCCGGCAGUGUCUGCUGUCUGAGUUUUGAGGUCCACAAAAUGGGGUUUUACCUUGGGCUGGGGUGUCAUCUGUGUACGCAAAUGGUAUGUGGACACUCGCUUAUUUGCAUGUGACGUAUCCAAAUUUCAUUGGCAUUGGUCAAGCGGUUUUGGUGAGAGGUGGAGACCAACACACAAGCCCCUUUUACAUAUAUAUAUAUAAUCUUUCCU